UGACAGCUUAUGUUAUGACAACAUAACCUCUCAACUCCACCUGUUUUUAAUUGUUUGUGUUUCAAAACCAGGAAAAUAUUACAAAAUGAGUGAAGAAACCCCUGCAAAUGGUUUACCCAAAAAGCGAAACCGGACUAAGCGUAAAAACUUCUUGGCAAACGCGAAGAAAUAUGCGAAAAAGGGGCAAAUGGGUCGCGGCACUCGCAUGCCCGAUGAAUUGUACCAAUACUUCGUGGGAAUCCUCGAUGCUAUGAAGCAAGGCGUUGAAAACAAAGAAGAAAGAGAAUCACUUGUGAACAACGUUUUGGAACGAACUAAAGAUGAAGAGCUAAAUAUAGUUGGAAAUCAGCUCGGUUGCCGGGUCAUCGAGCUGCUGCUGCCGUUCGCAUCCGCUGCAGAUCUGGAGCGUUUCAUCGAGGUCCUCUCACCAGAGUUACGUAGACUCUGUUCGGACAACUUUUCAAGUCAUGUCGUUGAAACGUUACUAAGAGUAUCGUGUGAAAGAGCUAUAGAGAAGUUGCAAGUCAAAGAAGAGGAAGAAGAAGUGCCCAAAAAGAAAAAAAAGACAGAGACGGAACCGGAAUCAGAAUACAGUGAAGAACAUGUACAGAAAUGCUAUGAAUUCACAAUUAAAAUCUGUAAAUAUGCUCUCAAUAAUUUAGAAGACUUUGUAUGGGACUCAUAUGCCAAUCACAUUUUGCGCAGCGCUUUAAAAUGUCUCAGCGGAAUUACACUACUACCUGGUGAGAAACCCAAAACGAAUAUGUUCAAAGUAACAUUGCCAGAUAACAAAGGCAUUCCUCCACAUUUGACGAAAAUGGAAUACAAAAUUGUACCUGACGAAUUUAAGGAAUUAGUGAAAGAAUUUGCCAACCGAUUGUCUGCUUGGCCUCAGUUUAAGGAUCUACCGUACCAGAAUCUAACGUCAGCGUUGCUGCAAGUGUUACUAUAUGCAAUUAGAAAUGUGGAUAAUUCAAUAACUAAAAAUUUGUUGAAGAAGCUAUUGGAUGAGAGCUUUGCGCCUGAUGAUUGGGUGUCAAACGCCCAUGAUGAGAAGAAGAAUGAUGAAAAAAUUGAUGUCGACAGCAAAGAUAAUGUUAAGGAGAGCAGCAAUGUGGAAGGUGGAGAUUUGCCUCCUGUUUUUGGAGAUCAAUCAGCUGUUAGGCUCUUGGAGGCUGCGUUAUUCGUGGCCAAGAAGAAGAUGUAUACCCAGAUCUACGCCAAGUGCUUCAUCAACCGGCUCGGCCAGCUAGCCACCGUGCCCAUGCUCAACUUCACCGUACAGCGGCUCAUAGACAACUGCCAGUGUAAGGAAGAGUUCGAGCCGAUGUUCGACGAGCUGAGCGCCAAGUUCGGCGCUUUAGUGAUCGGCAACACCGGCGUGCUCGUUGCGAUCGCCAAGGCUUGCGUGCGGCUGCGAGCGAGACAGGCGCAGUUCAUCGCGAACCUAGAGGCAGCCCUGGAAUGCAGUACCGAGGCAGGCCAGAAGUACUUCUCAGUGGCGUGCUUACGUCUCCUACCGCUCAGCCGCCUGGACACGUCGCAGCUGCACGAGGACUACUUCAUACACGUGCACGGCUCCGUCAUGCUGCAGAGCAUCCUGGAGUUCCAGAGGCCAGCCAAAGCAGUGAACAGCCUGUUAGAGUUGUCCGCUGAAGAGUUACUGGUGGUGCUGCAAGACGCGAAAGGCUCACACGUGGCCGACGCCUUCUGCCGCAGCGCCUGCGUCGGGGGCAAGGCAAGGGACAAAUUAGUGUGGAGACUCAAGGGCUACUACCAAACGCUGGCGUUGUCCCAGCAUGGCUCCCGCGCUUUCGAACGCAUCUUCGAGUCCUGCAGCCCUGAACAGAAAAUAAAACUGAUGGCUGAGAUAUCAGACAAAAGCAACCUCCUCAACGGGACUGACUACGGCCGGAUCAUAGCCCAGAAACUGGACGUGGAUACAUUUAAAGCCAACCAGCAGCGUUGGGAACAGAAAUAUUUAAAGAGAGCAGCUGAGAGUGGAAAUAAAGAUUAAUUCUGUAGUUGCUGUUUUAUUU